AUGGCCUCGUCUCGUUGGAAGCGCUUUGCCUUUUUCGAGCGAAGCACGCUCGACGUCCCACCGGAAGUCAUCGACGACCUUAUUCCCGUUGAUGGAGUCAGCCGAGACAACCGUCGCUCGGUCAAAUCCUUAAAAUUGGCUGGUAAAGAAGUGAGCAACGAUUCCGUUAUCUUGAUAGUAACAACUGCCGCGUUGCCCUUGUAUUCCAAGCCAACGGAAGUCCGUACAACUCAUAUUUCCGCUGGUCAGAGAAAAAAACAAGAAACGAAAGAUGACUCUAUAAGCGCCAUGUGGUCGAGUCUGACAGCUUGCACAGUACCUGCUUUUGCUGAAGAGGGCAACAAUUCAUCUGGGGCUGCGGGGGAGGCGCUCGCUCAUGGUAUCUCCAUGCCGAGCCAAGCGCAGCUUCCUAGACAGGGCAUGAAUGGGAGAAUUUCGAAAGCAUUAAAGGGCGCUUCCAUGGAUGGACUCGUACUCUCGUUUGUGACUUCUCGAAGUACAGAGUUUGUUCACUGUGUCGAUGUUACAGUCCGUUGCAAUCCCCCUCGGGGCAAAGAAAGUCUCGAAGAUCUUGACGGUUGGCGUGGUUAUUUUAGCCCAUUUUUAAGAACCCCGGGCGAUCGAUCUGGGACGACGUCUGAAACUCCUAUGGUAGAAAAUACGAACCACUCUGACGUUUCGGUCUUAGGCAUAGCGGCCUGUCGGAUGUCAACAGGCGGUCAAAUCGUCGACGAGCACGACGUUGUUCACUUGGUUUGUAUUUCUGCUCAGCAGAUUUGCGUGUGGGAAGAUCCCCACAUUCAUCUUUCUUGCCGGCGUCCAUUGACGCCACCUCCUGUCCCCAGUGAAGCGAGAACAGUUUAUCUUCAGUCAUCUUGGCGACCUACUGAUGGGAAUUGCCGUGUGGUAGACAUUAUUCCAGGCAUCGUCGCCGUGGGUACCGAUACAGGAGCCGUUCUUAUAUUAACGUAUUCGCCGGACCUCUCAGUGAGCACUUCGCGACCUCAGGGCCUUCGGACGUAUUUGCGUAUUCCCCCACCACCGACUCAAAAUUUGGAAGUAGUGAGUGUCAAAAUAUCAUUGGUAAACGAUAAGGCUAGUGUUUUUGUGGCCUACAACUUCACGGGAUCAGUUUCGGUAUCUCAGAUGUCUACAGCAGGAGUUUGUUGCUAUGAUUUUCCGGUACCAACACCCAGCUCACCCUCUUUGUCGGCCCCCUCCGCCCGCCACGAUUUGGACGGACGAUAUGUGGGUUCCUCGACAUUGGUGGAUGCUCUUACGACUCAGCGGGGACUAGAACUGAGUGUGACGGAACGUAUUGGAGUCGCUCCAGUUGACGGUACAAAGCUUGCUCUCUGCUUGAUUCCACCGACGAUCCCAAUGGAAAGGACCCGAGAAGUAGAUCUUGAAGGUAUACCUCAUGGUUAUGCUCUAGUAGCGUCAACAGACGCAAAAUCUGGUCGUGAUGCUGUGGACAUAUACGAUUCCACCAACAAGCUUGUUGCGUUCCAUUUACUCCUUUCACCGGGACACCGCGCCGUGCGUACGGUAGGAAUUACCACUCCGCCAGUCCAAUGCACUGACGGAGGCAUCAAAGGUGGUCGAUCGUCCGCGUUGGUCCUUACUUCGGGAGGCUCAUUUGUGACUUUAACCGAGAAACUGACAGAUGAAAAGAUCUCAUUGUUAGUGCAAAAAAAUCUUUUUUCGGCAGCCAUUGUGGUUGCGUACGCUGAUCCAUCUUAUCAACCAGAAGAAAUUUCUCAGCUUUAUCGACAGUAUGCGGAACAUUUGUAUCACAAAGGCGACUUUAGUGCUGCAAUUGAUCAGUACAUACAUACAAUCGGAUCGCUAGAGUCGUCGCAUGUCAUUUUUCGGUACCUCGAUGCACCAAAGAUUCCUCUUCUUGUCAAGUAUUUGGAGAGUUUGCGAUCACGAGACCUUGCUACAGCGGUGCAUAAUGAGCUUUUACGAACGUGCCAUCUCAAGAUGAACGACCGCGAGGCAGCAGAAGCAAUUAUCACCACAUCGAGUUCGAUCGACAAGGCGUCAUUGUCUUCUAUACUAACAAAUAUUUCCAGCAGUCCUAAGGAGGCUCUGGCAACCAUAUGUUCUCUGGAUGCAAGGCAGACAGCCGAAAUCGUUAUUCAACACGGAGCAUCAUUGACCCGAGUACUUCCACGAGAGAUGGCUGGAAUUGUUAUUUCACUAUGCGUUGGAACCUAUUCACCGAAGGGUCUUGCAGAUGCGGCAUCCGCUGCAUCGACUGACUUAAAUCGAAUGAUUGCGUAUGCCACGGACGACAAAAAAAAAGCCUGUGAACCCUUCCCUGCGAACUUAUUUGCGUCAGCCUUCGUUGAGCACCCAAAAAUGUUGCGACUCGUCCUUGCUCAUUGCAAUCGCAACAAAUGCGUUCUGACACCAUCUUUACGUCGUACCCUGCUUGAAUUGACGCUGGCGGAAUGGAACCAAGCGAAGCGCUCGGGUGAUACCGAGGCUGAAAAGCUGCGCCACAAGGAAGCAAUAGCGGCACUGACAGACUCUCAUUCUCGUGAGAUCGGAGACUAUGAUGCACUCGUUAUUGUCCAAUCAGCUAGCUUUGACGAAGGUGAACUGCUCUUAUAUGAACGAUUACAGAUGGCACCAUUGCUUCUAGAUCGAUACGCUAAAGAUGGAGGUGAAAAGUCGCGGCGCCAAAUGCUCGCCAUGUGCCAAAGCGAUCCAGAGAUUUUGGCAGACGUGUUGGGUCGCUUCGUCGAUAUGGCAGGGAGAAGGCUGUCGCAGUCCAGCGUAAAGAUUAGCAGUGACUACGAUUCGGAUUUUGAUGAAUCGGAAGAAAUCUUGAAUGACAUUCAAGAGGCCCUUGCAUUAGCUCGUCGGCAACGAGUGAUUCCGCCAGUUCGAAUUACCCGAAUCCUAGCUGGUGAGGGAAUAGGACAAUUUACAGAUAGGAAUGAUAGCAGCUCGGAGAGCAAUCUGAAUAAGAGAACAGUUCCCCUCUCGGUCGCUUUAGAAUACGUUGGGACGAUCCUUGAAGAAUCAAGAAGAGAAAUCUCUCGCUUGAAGGCCGAGGUCGAGGAGUACAACCAGAUGUGCAAUUCCAUGGCAACUGAAAUCGAAUCUUUGCUGCGAGCGUCUCAUUCUCUUCCUUCGUUGGCUCCCACCAGCAGUGCGGCUCCAAGGCGUCUGAAUAUCGACGGCCUGUACGCGAAGAUUCGGUCUGGGGAGAAUGAGAACUAUUCUCCAGGUCAACCCCGCGAAGCCUUUUGGAGGGAUAUGGAGCAGAGUGAAGACAAAUUUGAUACUAUUGCGCGUUUUUUUGCCAAAGGAGUCAUCAGCUAGUGGGUUAAGGUUCCAGCAUGUCGUUUCCUUACAAACAUACGCUAUAUUAAGAACGGGUGGUGCAACGCAGUAAUCUUCUGGGUCGUGUUUUAAGGUAGCGAUUUUAAUUGCAUCGAUCCAGUAUAUAGCCAAAAAAAACGAAGCCAUU